GUGUGUACUUUUGGUUGUACAAGUUUCCCGAUUUCUGAAGUCGCAAAAUCGAUUAAUUUGGUGUUACAGCCAAAAUGAAGUAAACAAACGAUCCAUUGAAAUCAGCAGUGGUAACAUGCCCCUCCCAUGAAAUUAAUCGAGUAAAUGGAACUUCAAAUGUGCUUCGACUGUCUUCAACGUCAACUUCGAACCGAUUUCUCUGACAAACUCCUUCUCAAUUAUGCCAUUGCCGCUUCCGCCCUUCCAUUCGGCUCCGACGCCGUUGUUCAGGUUCUAAAUUCUGAUGGGGAGGUUUCACCUCACUUCAUAUUGAUGUAUUUGCCGAUUAAUCAAGAUGAUUGCUUCACCAAUUACAUUAACGAGCAUUGUCCAGAAAAGCCAGCUGGAAAUGACUAUAAAGCAAAGGAUAACACGCCUUUAUCAAUUCUACCUCAAGAUCAACACGAGGUUACCUCUGGGAAUCUUCGUGAUAAGCCAAAUGAACCUCUGUUUUUGGCAGAUAGUGGAGGAAAAACAUCCUUACCUGGAUUAGAAUGCAACAGUUCAACCUGCUACUUCUCAACAAGGUUUUCGUGCUUGAGGACACUUACAGCCUUGGUUCCAGUCUCUCAAAUUGGGCCUAUAUCAUUUCCUUCUUUAGAGAAUCUAGCUUCAAAUUUCUCAUCUGGGAUUACAGAAGAUCAUUUACUUCACUCACUUACUCUUCUGAUACAAGGAAAACCAACAGGAAGAGAUAGCAUUAACUUUCUUGAUUUAAUCGGGAUACCCUCAUUUACAGGAACCACUUUUCCUGGAUGCAUAAGACACCCAAACAUAGUACCAAUCUUGAGCAUAAUGAAAUCAUCCACCCAUAUCAGUUUAAUACUACCAAAAACUCCUUACACCUUGGAAAACAUUCUUCACUACAGCCCUGACGCCUUAAAGUCAAACUGGCAUAUCAAGUUCUUGAUGUAUCAACUACUCUCUCCCUUGAGAUACAUGCACGGAUUAGGGAUUGCCCAUGGUAGCAUAUCUCCAUCAAACAUAUUGCUAACUGAUUCAUUAUGGUGUUGGCUUCAUAUUGGUGAUACUCUACAAUCAAACUCCAACUUAUCCGGAAGUAAGAUUGGUUGUUGCACUGACACGUGUCAGUCAAGUAAAGUCUAUGCUGAUUUGAAGCUAACAGAUUGGCAUACUGGUUUUAUUCGUUGGUGGAGUGGAGAAAUGAGUAACUUUGACUAUCUCCUGUUGUUAAACAGAAUAGCUGGUAGGAGAUGGGGUGAUCAUACUUUCCAUACUGUUAUGCCAUGGGUUAUUGACUUUAGUGUAAAACCUGAUGAAAAUAACGACAUGGGUUGGCGAAAUUUAAGUAAAAGUAAAUGGCGUUUGGCAAAAGGUGAUGAACAGUUGGACUUUACAUACUUAACAUCAGAAAUCCCACAUCAUGUUUCAGAUGAAUGCCUCUCAGAACUUGCUGUUUGUAGUUACAAAGCAAGGAGGUUGCCUUUAAGUGUUUUGCGUACAGCUGUCCGUUCAGUCUAUGAACCAAAUGAAUACCCCUCUACAAUGCACAGGCUUUAUCAAUGGACCCCAGAUGAAUGCAUUCCUGAAUUUUAUCAAGAUCCUGAGAUUUUCCGUUCUAUACAUUCUGGAAUGUCUGAUCUGGCAGUACCUUCAUGGGCUGGUGGGCCCGAGGAGUUUAUUAAAUUGCAUCGAGAGGCUGUGGAAAGUGAUCGUGUAUCAACUCAGAUUCAUCAUUGGAUAGAUAUUAUCUUUGGCCACAAAAUGUCAGGGGAAGCAGCCAUUUCUGCAAAAAAUGUCAUGUUGCCCCCUUCAGAACCUACAAAUGCCAGGUCAGCAGGGCGGCGCCAGCUCUUCAGUAUACCCCAUCCACCUCGUUGGUGUGUUAUAAAGAAGACUAGUCAACAUAACAGUGAGAAGAAUCUGCUUCUUGAUACAUUUAACUUGAAAGCAUUAGAGGAAGCAGCUACAUUUAUUGAACAUGCUUCCCAUUUAAGUCCAAUCUACAGAAAUGAUCUUGUAAAGGAUAAUUUAGAAGAAGUUGGAUUUGACACAUUUAAAAAUGGGAGAGACUCGAAAUUGGCAUCAGUUAUUGAUAUCAAUUUCCUUCUUCAGACGAUUGAGCCAGAUGAUAGUACUUCAGGGUACCAAGAUUUCCUUCUGUGGAGACAAAAACUAUCUUCUUCAACAAAUCUUUCUGUAGAUAUUGCAAAUGAUGUAUUCUCAACUGGUUGUAUUUUAGCAGAACUACAUUUGAGAAAGCCACUUUUUAAUCCAACUUCAUUAGCACAGUACUUACUUAGUGGUGUUCUGCCUAAAUCGAUGCAAGAACUGCCCCCUCAAGUGAACAUUCUUGUUGAAGCAUGCAUUCAGAAGGACUGGAAGAGGAGACCUUCUAUUAAGUCUCUUUUGGAAUCUCCCUACUUCCCAUCAACAGUGAGGUCAUCAUACCUGUUUCUAGCCCCACUUCAACUUUUAGCAAAAGAUGGAUCUCGACUCCAUUAUCUUGCAAGUUAUGCAAAAUCUGGAGCUUUGAAAUCAAUGGGAAGUUUUGCAGCUGAAAUGUGUGCGCCCCACUGCCUACCUCUUUUACUCACACCUUUAACUGACACAGAAUCAGAAUGCGCGCAUAUAAUGCUGAAAGAAUUCUUGAGGUGUCUGAAUUUGGUAUCCGUGAAGACACUUAUCUUGCCUGUGAUCCAGAAGAUUCUGCAGACGACAGGUUAUUCACAUAUGAAGGUCUCUCUUCUUCAAGACUCAUUUAGUUCAUCUGGGGCUGCCUCUGUGCUUUUGAUUGGCUCAAGUGAAGAGCUUGGUGUUCCAGUUACUGUUCAUCAGACAAUAUUGCCCCUGAUUCACUGCUUCGGAAAGGGUCUUUGCAGUGAUGGAAUUGAUGUCAUUGUUAGAAUUGGUGGUCUUUUUGGGGAGACUUUCAUUGUUAAACAGAUUCUUCCAUUAUUGAAAAACGUUAUACGCUCAUGUAUGGAUGUCUGUAAUGUGAGUAGGCCUGAACCUAUGCAAAGUUGGAGUGCGUUGGCCCUUAUGGAUUGUCUGAUGACACUAGAUGGAAUAAUGGAAUUAUUGCCGAAUGAGGUGGUUGUCAAAGAGCUAAUCGAGGAUGGAGGUUGCCUCUAUAUUCAGCUUCUCAUGAUACCCAAUUUGGGAAUCCCUGCACUUCAGGUGGCUGCUACAAGUCUUGUUACAGUUUCCCAACAGAUUGGACCAGAAUUAACAUCAAUGUAUGUGAUGCCAAAACUUAAAGAACUCUUUGAAAGACUCGCCUUCUCGGAGGAAACUCGCAGUGGAAGCCAGAAAGUUUGUAAAAUUAGAAUUGAGGAAGAGCAGACACAAAACAGAAUGGAUCUUGUGUUGCUUCUGUAUCCACCUUUUGCUUCACUUCUUGGAAUAGAGACACUUCGUAAGUGUUGCACCACAUGGUUGAUUCUUGAGCAGUUUCUUCUGUGGAAUCAUAAUUGGAAGUGGGAAAACACAGAGGAAAGUUGUCGUGGUGGGAGAAGGGGGAAUCACAACAAGAAUCCAAUGUCUGAAUACAAUCCUGCUAAAAUGUUGCUUCAUGGAUUCGGAUGGUCAGUCCCCCAGUCACAAGGAGAAAAAGGUCAGAAAAAGUCAUCGCCACAUCAUCAUAAGGGGCAGGUGACAUCAUCAUCAUCAAUGUCUAGAGAGCAGGAACCGUGGGUUUGGUUCCCUAGUCCUGCACCUAGUUGGGAUGGACCUGAUUUUCUUGGUCGAAUUGGGGCUUCCACUUCCAGCAAUGAAGGUCCAUGGAAAAUCAGUGCGUCUGUGAUACACUCGAUCCGUGCCCACCAUGGGGCACUCCGGUCAUUUGCUGUUUGCCAAGAUGAAUCUACUUUUUUUACGGCUGGAGUUGGUCCAGGGUUCAAGGGAUCUGUCCUCAAGUGGGAUUUAUCAAGAAUUGCUUCUUCAUCUGGGUAUCAUGCCCAUGAAGAGGUUGUGAAUGACAUUUGUGCCCUGGCUUCCUCAGAAAGAAUUGCUUCUUGUGAUGGCACAAUUCACAUUUGGAAUAGCCAAUCAGGAAAGGUUAUAUCCGUCAUUGGUGAAAAUUCUGGGCAAUCCCUGACAUCUACAUCGAAGAUGCAUUCUGAGCAAGCUAAUAUGCUUGAUUUCAGCUCACUUAGUAAUGGGAUUUUAAGCACUACUUAUGAUGGGAGUUUAUAUACUUGUAUGCAUCACCUACAAACUCUAAAUAGGCUUGUGGUAGGCACUGGAAACGCUUCUCUCAGAUUCAUUGAUGUUGAACAAGGUCAAAAGCUUCAUUUAUGGAGGAGCGAUUCCGUUGAAUCAAGUUUUCCUUCUUUAAUCUCUUCAAUAUGUUGUUGUGGUUCUUCAAAGAUGCAAUCUAAUGGAGCAUCUUGGAUUGCAGCUGGAUUAAGUUCUGGUCACUGCAGGUUGCUUGAUAUUAGGAGUGGAAAUUUGAUCAACUCAUGGCAAGCUCAUGAUGGAUAUGUCACAAAGAUAGCUGCUCCGGAGGACCACUUGCUUGUUUCUAGCUCACUUGACAAGACUUUGCGAGUUUGGGACCUCAGAAAGAAUUUGGCAUCACCUCUGAUUCUAUUCAGAGGCCACAGUGACGGUGUAUCUGGUUUUUCUGUCUGGGGACAAGAUGUUAUUUCAAUAUCCAGAACUAAGAUCGGACUUUCUUCCUUAUCUCAACAGGACGGGCAACAUCGGAUUACGCCACAAUACCUGUAUAUGGCGGACCGUGAAUCGAGGAACAUAAGAGCAAGAAGAGGAAGAUCAAACCGUACAGAUUCAUCCUCUCCUUUCUACUCUUCCCAAAGCUUUGCAAUAAUGGAGACCUUCUUGUUCACAUCCGAAUCUGUCAACGAGGGACAUCCAGACAAACUCUGUGAUCAGAUUUCCGAUGCAGUUCUUGACGCCUGCUUAGCUCAAGACCCCGACAGCAAGGUCGCCUGUGAAACCUGCACGAAAACCAACAUGGUGAUGGUUUUCGGGGAAAUCACCACUAAAGCUAACAUCGACUACGAAAAGAUCGUCCGUGACACCUGCCGGGAGAUUGGAUUUGUUUCUGAUGACGUGGGUUUGGACGCCGACAACUGCAAGGUCCUUGUGAACAUCGAGCAACAAAGCCCAGAUAUCGCCCAAGGUGUCCAUGGCCAUUUAACCAAGAAGCCUGAAGACAUCGGCGCCGGUGACCAAGGCCAUAUGUUUGGUUACGCCACUGAUGAAACCCCUGAACUGAUGCCGCUCAGUCACGUCCUCGCCACCAAACUUGGCGCCAAAUUGACUGAAGUCCGGAAAAACGGCACCUGUGCAUGGCUGAGACCCGACGGAAAGACACAAGUGACGGUGGAAUACCAUAAUGACAACGGAGCCAUGGUUCCUCUUCGUGUCCACACCAUUCUCAUCUCCACCCAACACGAUGAAACUGUAACAAACGAUGAAAUCGCAGCUGACCUCAAGGAACACGUCAUCAAACCAGUCGUCCCUGAAAACUACCUUGAUGAAAAAACCAUCUUCCAUCUCAACCCUUCUGGUCGUUUUGUGAUCGGUGGUCCUCAUGGUGACGCCGGACUGACUGGCCGGAAAAUCAUCAUCGACACAUACGGUGGUUGGGGUGCUCACGGUGGUGGUGCUUUCUCCGGGAAAGACCCAACGAAGGUGGACAGGAGUGGGGCGUAUAUUGUGAGACAGGCGGCAAAGAGUAUUGUGGCUUGUGGGUUGGCGAGGAGAGCGAUUGUUCAGGUGUCAUACGCCAUUGGUGUCCCUGAGCCAUUGUCGGUGUUUGUUGACACUUAUGGAACUGGAAAGAUUCCUGAUAAGGAGAUUUUGAAGAUUGUGAAGGAGAACUUCGAUUUCAGGCCUGGGAUGAUUUCGAUUAAUCUUGAUCUUAAAAGAGGUGGAAAUGGGAGGUUUUUGAAAACGGCGGCGUAUGGACAUUUUGGUAGGACAGAUCCUGAUUUCACAUGGGAGGUCGUCAAGGAACUUAAGUGGGACAAGCCAUAAAAACAAGAAGGAAAUUCAAUUAUGUGGUGUUUUCGCUUUUCUUGGUUGGUUGGUGAAAUGUGAUUGUGUU